AUGGAAAAUAAAAGUACUUCUGCCUUUACCACGCAUGCAAAUUCAUUAAAUCCAAAAUAUCAUUUUAAUUCAAUGACUAAUCAACAACCUCAAAUUUAUGGUGAACAUGCGUUAGACCACAAAUAUUCUUAUAUCGGAUCUCCUUCACCAUGUUCCUCACCUAUUCCAUUAUCUUCGAUGCUUCCUUCUGCUCCUAUAUCCGUACCUUCUCCAAACGAUUCAAUUUUUUUCCCACGAUUACAUUCUUCCCCUCCUCCUCCUGGAAACAUUUUCUUAAAUUCUUCUUCUUUCCCAUUACCUAGUGUAAAUCAAGCUAUCGGUGAUGUUGAUCGUACACGUAAUUCUCCUCCACCUUUAAUUUCUAAUAAUAACAACAAAAGAAAAUGGGAAGCCACUGAAAAAUCUCAAUCUCUUGGUGAUAUCUCUACUACUAAUGGUGUCGAUGUUAGUGGUAGAUGCAAUGUAGAAGAAACAAGAUCAAAAAUACGUCGAUCAAUUGAGGAACGUAUUAUUCAUAAUAACAAUAUAGAUGAACUACCUGAAUCUCCAAAACAAAUUCAAAAUGACUCAAAUAAUACAACAACUAUCACUUGUUAUCAUGCAUCUGUUGCACAAAAAUCAUAUGGAAGCGAAAAGAGAUUUUUAUGUCCUCCACCAGUAUUAACUUUUGAAAGACCAAACAAUAAUAACAAUAAUAAUUGUAGAGGAGGAUAUUACUCUAAACCUGAAGUAUCAAUGUCAGUAGUAUGCGAAUCAGGAGAAAGAUCGUUAGAACAAAAGACAUUGUUAGAUGAAAAUAUGAAGGGUACAUUUAAGUAUUUACAUGUCAGUGGUACUGCCAAGGCUAAACAUUUCACUUUAAAAUUAAAAAUUUUUCAUAAGAAUUCCACUAUUCCAUAUGCUUCUAUCGAUUCUUCCCCAGUAACAAUUAUAUCAAAACCCUCUAAAAAAACUGCAAAAGCAAGAAAUGUAUCAUCUUGUAUAUUAUCAGGAUCACAAAUUUCCUUGUUUAAUCGUAUUAAUUCACAAACUGUACGAACGAAAUAUAUGGGUAUCGAAGGAGGACCAUGUUCAUCACCCAGCAACAUCCCUUCUUCUAAAGGAUCCCAUCAUUUUAAUUCCUCAUCUUCAAAUUCUUCUUCUACAACCACCAAUUGUUCAAACGUUACUCCAAUCACAUAUGGUUCAGAGAUAAUCCUUUCUGAUCCCACUAAUGGAUUUACAUCUGAUCGAAUGAUAAUUCGAAAGGUGGAAAAGGGCAGAAUUGCUCAAGGAGCAUGUGGUCCUGUCAGUCAAAUGCAAAAGAUUGCAUUACAAUGUGUACGUCCCGGUGCACGUGAAUCUCAUUAUUUAAGUGCCGCGGGACCAAUAACAAUGGAUAGCCCUCAAUCACAAGAACAAUGUACUGUUAACAGUGCUUCUUCUUUUCUUGGUUAUCAACCCUCAAGAGUGGUUCACAUGCAAAACGUAGAAUUUUCUAAAGAACUUUUUCGUAUGGUAUCUAUGCCAAACUCAAUACCUUGUAAUAAUAAAAAUGAUAAUUCCAAUUCUUCAAUUAUUGUCGAAGAAGUUGAUGAUUAUUUAUGUUGGACAAUCGUAGGAAUUUCAAAAUUUCAACGCACUUAUUAUGAACCAUUGCAAUCUUCAUCAAAUUCAACAAAAGAUUCUGAAAGGCAAAGUGGCGGAGCAUCUGUAGUUAUAUCUUUAGACGAACCUGAUGAAAAUAGGGUUACAUUCAAACCAUUUCUUUAG